AUGAGAUUCCCUACUGCGACCAUUGUUUUGAUGUUCACGUAUGGUGUCGGUUUGUUCGGAAGCGAGGAACAGGAAUGGCAAGAUUCUCCAGGAAGUAAAAUUUUGGACGCAACUAGCAUGCCCGAGUACCUAGAUAAGUACAACGAUACCGGCCUCUUCGUUGAAUUUUUCCUUCCUUGGUGCGGACAUUCCCGUCGUCUCCGGUCUGAGUUUCGUCGAGCAGCAGCAGUUAUGGGUGGAAGUCCGAUGUUUGCCCGAGUAGACUGCAGCACAGCUGAUGGAGCGAAUAUUUGCCAACAGAACGAGAUCACAUAUCAUCCUACACUGCUCUUCUUUCAAAAGGGGCAAGCAUAUGAAUACCUGCACCGAGCUACAGCUGACGAAAUGGUGAAAUACUGCAGAAGAAUGAUGGACGAUGAUGUAAACAGUGUCUGGAAAAUUGUACAUUUAGUGGAUAUGCUGGAAAGGGAGCAGGUGGUGGUAGCUGCAUUUGUGCAAGAUGCCAACGACAUCGGUGAACACUUUCUGGUGACCGCGAGGAAUCUAAAGGACCAAUUGAGCUUUGUAUACAUCACCAAUGUAGGGAUCCACAACAUCUUGGGGAUCUCAACGCUUCCUUCAUACAUUAUUCUUCGUCAACAGCAGGAUUCUGUGACAUGGCAGCAAGAACAGUCUAGUGACGCAGAAUCUCUUGUGAUGAAGUUCGGGUUGUGGGUAUCGGAGUGGGCAGUUCCGCUGAUUGAACCUCUCACUCAAGAUAACUAUUAUUCUAAGUUGGGAUCGGGCAUCCCCGCGUUGAUCCUCUACCGCGAUGAUUCUGCCAGGUCAGACAAGCUGCAAGUUGCCCUGUACAAGACUGCCGCACAUUUCAAGGGUUCAUUGAAUGUUGCCACUCUUGAUGGGAUCAGAUAUCAACAGCUGGCCUUGAAAAUGGGCAUUCCGCCCAGGACAAUUCCCUCACUCGUCUUUGUCGACAUCAAGAAUGAGUCUCAUUACGUGUUUCCCCGCAAUCAGCCUCUCCGAGAAGACCUCAUCUUCGACUUCGUCCAGAGGGUCUUUGCGCAUCAAGUCAGUCCAACGUUGCGAUCGGCGGAUGCGCCUCUUCACGAGGACGGACCUGUGUACACUCUUGUGGCAAAGGAAUUUCGUGGCCGCGUGAUGGACCCGGCUAAAGAUGUUCUUGUCAAUUUUCGAACGAGGUGGUGCGGAUUUUGCAACCUCCUCGAGCCGACGUAUCGGUCUCUCGCCGUGUCGAUGGCACAUGUCGAUUCACUGGUGCUCUAUGAGUUCGAUGUCUCUAGCAACGACCCCGAGCCUUACCUGAACCUGACCAGCUAUCCCACAAUCACUUUGUUCUCGGCUCACAACAAGACAGCCUUGACUUACAUGGGUGAUCGAAGCGUCUCUGGCUUAACCGAAUUUCUGCAGAAGCAUGUAAGCAUCAAGAUUGAGUCACUUCCCGACGGCCAUCUCGUGUCUGGUGAACAUGCUGAACGUGUGCGAUCAGCCAUCGACCUGAUGAAAAACUCCAUCACUCCCAUCCUGCAUAAACCUAGCUCUUCCUAG